AUGAGCGACAAUCUAUCGUAUUCACCGCUGGGGGGGCCUAGGUCCUCGGUGGUUCAGUCUAGCCACUCCGCCGGCGGAGUCCCUGCCGCUGCGACGCGCUCUUUGUCGACGCGUUCCAUCCGUCCUGCUCGACCCGUAUCUGGUGCUGCACAGACAAACAUUACUUUGGGAUCGCCUUUGAAUGCAUCAAAUUCACCACCUUCAUCCUCUGCAACAUCAGCUCUUGUCUCUUCAGACUCAGCUGCAUCCUCGGUGUACAUGGAUCCGUCGUCAACAGCCCCUGCCCCACUGUUCUCCGGUCCUGCGACAUAUGCGCACUCACCAAACUAUCAAACCUCUACUGCAGCUGACGAAGUCCCAGUGGGUACAGGGAAUGGUAUCUUGACUCGCGUUCCACAGAAUCAUUGGGGCUCGUCGUCACCACCGCCUCUAGGCGUCGCAUCUAAUACCCAACAGCAGCCACUACCACAACAACGACCCUCUUUCCAUGCACCUCCACAGUCAAACUCUCAUUUCUAUCCUCACAAUAGCAUGGCUGCUCAGGUUCCUGCAGUGCCGGGGCCUCAGCCCCUUUUGCCUGAAUCGUUUUCUCAGGCUCCGGCCUCGACAAGCGGCCCAGCGGUAACGACAACUUCAUCGACGUCUGGGCAGCCAUUGAGCUCAUCAGUGCCGGCAUCCACGCAACUCUCUGUCAAAUCCAACUCUACAUAUUCGAAAUCACAAACACCUGCUCUUUCGAAGCCUGCGCCAUCCACGCCAUCUCACCCACCCAAGAAUGCUGAUAAUCGGCCUCGUGGAUUCCGAAAAUUUCUCGCCAUGAUGACCUGCUCCUCAUCAUCGUCAACUGUCGAGAUGGCUCUUGACGGUCAUCAAAAUACUUCACCGACACAGCCUGCCAAUCCUUCUUCACAGCCUCGCACUUCGUUACCACCUCCUACCACCCAGCCGUCCGUUGUAAAGGAGCCGACGUCUAUGCCUGGUCCAGCCCCUGCAGGAUCCAAUCCAAGUCCGAAUCCAAGUCCUCGCACAAGUCUUCAGCCUCGCCCAUAUUCUGGGCUACAGCCUGAGACUGCUGAGCCUCAUUCUGACACCGGCCACACCCAGUCCAUGCUGCGUGUGCCGUCUGUUAUGAAUCGAAAUAGCGUGGCCACAUCAACAGCUACCUCCCAUUCAAGCGAAACCGAUGACAUAAACCAAGACGUCAUUACUCAAGUGCCACAAAAUGGAUCUAUGAUGUCGAUGGGCAUGUCUGACCCAGAGCUGGAGCAGGAGAUGUUUGCUGAAGAGCAGAGGCUGAUUCAACAGGGUGGCACGGGCAUACCGGUUGACGAAAAUGGCCAGCCUUGCCCUCUGUUAGCGCAGGUGUCUGCGCUUGAUGCGUCGCGGAAGUGCCUGGUGCUGGAUCUCGAUGAAACGCUUGUGCACAGUAGUUUCAAAAUGGUUCCAAAUGCGGACUUUGUUGUGCCGGUGGAGAUUGAGGGCAUCGUGCACAACGUGUAUGUAAUCAAGCGGCCGGGUGUCGACGAGUUUUUGCGGCUGAUGGGGCAGAUCUAUGAGGUGGUCAUAUUUACAGCGAGUCUCAACAAGUAUGCUGAUCCUGUCAUCGAUAUCCUCGAUAUGCACCGUGUCGUCCGUCACCGCCUGUUCCGUGAGUCAUGCUACAAUCACUAUGGCAGUUACGUGAAGGAUUUAUCUCAGCUUGGCCGGCCCUUGCAUGAUACCAUUAUUCUCGAUAACUCGCCAGCAUCGUAUGUCUUCCACCCUACGAAUGCCGUUCCAGUGUCGAGCUGGUUCAAUGACCCACACGAUACCGAGUUGACCGACCUAUGUCCUUUCCUUGAAGAUCUAUGCUUUGUGGAUGACGUUCGCAUUGUCCUUGAUGGCUUUAUUGACGUGCCAUGA